UCCGGAAGUAAUGUUAAGACAUGGCGGCCGUUGACAGCUUUCAGUUGUUACUCAAGGAGAUAUUCAAGGCUUGCUCCCAUCUAAGAGAUGCGUUUGCCAUUCUGGGCGCCGUGUAUGCGGCGCGGAAAGCCAUGCGCCUCACCCGAUGUCUGCUUAGUGUUGUAAACGAUCACGUGCUCAGCCAACUCGUCGGACAGUGGGACUUGCGGAAAGAGUUCGGACCUUGGGCAGUGGUGACUGGAAGCAGUGAGGGAAUUGGUCGUGCAUAUGCACAGGAACUGGCAAGUCGAGGCCUCAAUAUUGUCCUCAUCAGCAGGGGAGAGAAGAGACUGGAGAAGGCAGCUACAGAGAUAGCUGAGCAAUUCCACGUCGAGACCUGCUUCAUUGCCGUCGACUUCAACAACACCACUGACACAUAUAAGAAGAUUGAAGAAGGAAUUAAAAAUAAAAAUAUCGGAAUAUUAGUAAAUAAUGUUGGUGUUAUGUACGACUAUCCCCAAUACUUUCUCGACGUGCCUCGCGACCGCCUGUGGCAGCUAAUUAACGUCAAUGUGGCAGCAGCUACCAUGAUGACGCACAUGAUUCUUCCUCAAAUGGUACAAAGACGGAAAGGCGCUGUUGUCAUGGUGUCGUCCGGCGCCUGCUCACAAAUCACCCCCCAGAUGACAGUGUAUGCUGCUACUAAGAGUUUUCUCGACUAUUUCGCUCGAUCUCUGAACUAUGAGUACAAAGACAAAGGGAUCAUUGUCCAGUCCCUGAUGCCAUUUUACGUUGCAACGAGAAUGACGCGUUUCAGCGAGACUUUGUCCAACACCAACCUCUUCAUUCCCACGGCAUCUGUGUUUGCUCGCAACGCCAUCACCACUCUGGGAUACACGACUAGGACGUCAGGGUACCUGCCGCAUGCCUUUCAGUCCUGGCUGUGCCACCUCAUCCCGGAGUGGCAGUGGAUGUGGGGAGCAUCCCGCCUCAACACCGCACUCCGAGAACAAGCUCUUCGGCGGCGCCCCCUGCACCUACACGAGAGUCCCAGCGACCAAGCACUGGACAGCCCCACUCCAUCAUGAUGUCACACCAGGUCACGGUCAAGAUCAGGAUGCCAGCGGUGCUGCAGUUGCUGCAAACUUUGUGUGAAGGUUGUGUUGAUGAAUGAGUGAACAAAUGAGGUUUAUUUGAAUUAAGUUGAUUUUGUUAUUUUAUUUUAAUUUGAGAUGUUUCAUUGUAUUAUAUCAGUUAUAGAUAUCAGUGACAAGGAUGCAUUUUUCUGUAAUCUUUUAUACGUUUUUCAGUGAAUAUCACUCCAGUGAGUCUGAUUCCAAGGAUUGUUAGGAUUAGUAAUCCGAGGUCUGUCCCCCAAACUGUGCUUGAGCUUGUUGGUUUCCUUGAUCACUUUGGAGCUUCCUCUCACACUUGCCACACCUGCCACACCUUCAGACUUCACACACCAGAUUCGAACAUGCACUCGCAACUUGAUGACGUCGUUAAUGGGACAACGUUAUUUUUUUAGAGGGGAGUGUCUAGCGACUAGUUCCCCCAUAGAUGUAGCUGGGCGAUGUAGACAGUGGCUGAACAAUCGGUUAAAAAAGUGGAAAAGAUAUGACAAUCGGUAUUCGGAGAAAGGGUACAGAUACCGGGUAAUAGAUGUGAAAAAUGUCACAAUAUGUGUGAAAGACCAAAUUCCCCCCCCCCCCGUUCAUAAAAUGACAUUGCCACGGUCAGAUUCUGUUCAGGUAGUCUUUAUUUAAAUACAGGUAAAUAUUUUUAAAGCAUGUACGUUUUACUAACAUCAUUAAAGAGACAGUACGUAAUGUUUACAUCGCAUUUGCGCCCCAAAUGGUUUAUUCUCCCUGCAGUUUUUUUAUUGUAUGAUAAACAACUCCCACUGGUCGUUAAUAUUUCUUAAUUAAAUAACAACGUGUCUCCCAAUGGAAGGAGUCGUCGUGCCUGCCAAGAAAUCAUUUAUUGUUUUUUACACGGUUGGCCUUACACACAUCCAAUAGCAGAAAAUAUUGGCAUAUUGAAUGUUCAUGAGCAGAUAACUUGGUGCUUGUGCAUUCUACGUGAUACCUAUCAGCCAUGUUUGUUUCAUGCUGCUAAUUUAGUGGUAAGGGAUGAAGUGACAACAUGGAAAAUUGGGGAUAAACUCAAAAUUAACAGGGCGGUCGGGUAGCCUAGUGGUUAAAGCGUUUGCUCGUCACGCCGAAGACCCGGGUUCGAUUCCCGACAUGGGUACAAUGUGUGAAGCCCAUUUCUGGUGUCCCCCGCCGUGAUAUUGUUGGAAUAUUGCUAAAAGCGGCGUAAAACCAUACUCACUCACUUACUCAAUCAAAAUUAACAGAAAAUGAUACAAGCACUGUUUGUAUGUCUCACAUGACCCUGACAUGGACAUCGGAGUAACAUGAGAAAAAGACAUUAACAUUGAACAAUGUCUGGGUCAUCAGUUACACACAUGUAGUAUUUUUCCUUGACACUGGCAACAACAAGUGAUAUCUUAGGAAGGAAUUUAUUACGCAGGAGGGGAAGACUUUUUAUGUUUCCUCUAUGACUAUGUCCUAACUCUUGUACUGAAUACAGCUUUAUACAUUGUUAAUUAUUUGUUUCUAGCUCAAAGGGCAUUAUAAACAUUGUUGCUUUUUUACCAAUGAUGACUAAUGUCAAUAAUCAUAACAAACAGUUGAUGAAGUCGGGUGAUAUUCAUCAUAUUCAACUAAUUAUGUGAGGCGAGGUGAGGUGAAAUGGGGUUUAACGUCACAAUAAAGAUUUUUGCAUUUAUAUAGCUACGUUUUUGCAUGGGUGUAUGUGUUUAUGGGUGUUUAUGGGUUUAUGAGAGUGUGUGUGUGUUUGUUUGUGUGCGUGUGUGUCUGUGUUGGUGCUUCUUGUGUGUGUCUGUGUUUGUUUUUGUGUGUGUGUGUGUGUGCAUGUGUGUUUGUGUCUGUGCAGGUGUGUGUGUGUGUGCUUGUGGGGUGGAUGGGUGUUUGUGCAUGUAUGAGUGUGUGUGUACGU